UGUUCUCCGUGAGCAUGGGCGCAGUCUUGAUUCUCAUUUUCUCUUUCUGCAUAAUGUAUUCAGCACAAUUUGUGGAUUUCAAUGAAACGGUCUCGUUCGUCUCUGCUGACACGGGUUAUGCUGUGUCUCUUCGGUGCCCACUUGAAGAGCAGUUCAGCAAUGAGCUUAUAGUUUGGUACCAGCAGAAACUGGGAGGGAUCCCUCAGGCAAUGGGCAUGAGCAGACCGCUGACCGCUGACAUUAUUUUUGCACCAUUCAACAAAUCUGCCUUCCAACUAGAAAGAACUAAAAAUCUAAUUUCUCUGAAUAUCCUUCAUGUAAAUAAAGACGAUGAAGCGAUAUACUUCUGUGGAAGGUCUCGGGUGAAUAUUAUUGAGUUCUCAAGUGGAAUAUUUUUAUCUGUUCGAGAUAAAUUACAUCAAGGCGUCUCAGUGUUCCAGAGCAGUGUAUCAGACUCGGUUCCUGCAGGAGCAUCAGUGACUCUGCAGUGUUCGGUUCUCUCUGAGAGCAGAGCAGCAGAACUCCAAGUGCUCUGGUUCAGAGCUGCUCCAUCACAAUCCCAUCCUCAACUCAUCUACACUCAUCACAACAGCAGCCUUCAGUGUGAGAGCGAAUCUUCUACACACACCUGUGUGUACAACUUGUCCAAGAACAUCUUCAGCCUCAAUGAUACUGGUACUUACUACUGCGCUGUGGUCCUGUGUGGGAAGAUCAUUUUCGGGAACGGGACACGAGUACAGCUGGAACAGUCUAUAAAUCCUUUAUUGAUCAUCCUGGCAUCAGCUUUGGGAGUGUGUGGGAUUGUAAUCACUGCUCAAAUCAUUUUCAUUUGCAAAAGGACACAUGAGAAAUACCACAGUCCGAGACUUCAAGGUACUGUGACCGACAGGACAACUGAUCAGCAGGGUCGUGUUGCAGAGCUGAAUUACUCUGCUUUGCAUUUCAAUAAGAAGAAAAAUAACAGUGAGAGGAGGAAGAGCGAACGACCCCAUGACAUUGUUUACUCUGAAGUUAAACACCUCAGAGCUUCUCACUAACUUGGUUUUCUAAAUCCUGCCAAUUCCUUGGUUUAGAAUUUUGCUGGAGGUAUGUGGAAGAUCUUUUGCUCACCUGCACAUGGCAUAGAGCUACAGUAACGUUUCAUUUAACGCCCAUUUUCAGAUCUCAUCACAAAUGUUCAAGUUUGGGCUCCGGAUGGGCCACUCAAGAACAUUCACAGAGUCGUCCUGUAGACACUAACGGCUGUGUGCUUAGGGUCGUUGUCCUGUUGGAAGCUGAACCGUUGGCCCAAUCUGAGAUCCAGAGCGCUCUAGAGCAGGUUUUAAUAAAGGACGUCUCUGUA